GAACUUGACCCGUUAGCAGCCGCGGCCAUGGCGGCGCACUCACCGCCCUCACCGCUCCCUCCGCCCCCAGCGCGACAGUUGGUCCCCCGGUCCCCAGGUGUUGGGCGGGGAACUGUGGUACAUGCAGUACGCAGCGAGGCCUCGGGUCUUGCGAGCGCAGUGCGGGAGGACGUCGUGGACAAAAACGAUAUAUGCUGGCGGGGCGAAGAAGGGUCAGGGGGCCGGCAAGGGCCAGGGCGGGCAGCUCCGGCUCAGGCUCCCCUCCUCAGCUCGCCCAAGGGGUCCAAGCGGCUAGAGGGCAUCUCGGUAGAGGAGGCGAUGGUGACCCGGACGCAGCUGCUGGAGGAAGAGCUGAGCAGCCUAAAGGAGGAGCUGGCCCUGUGUCAGGCUGAUAAAGAAUUUGUAUGGUCUCUGUGGAAACGUCUCCAGGUGACAAACCCAGAUCUUGCACAAGCAGUCAGUUUGAUUGUGGAAAGAGAAAAACAGAAAUCUGAAGCUAAAGACAGAAAAGUUUUAGAAAUUCUGCAAGUCAAGGAUGCUAAAAUACAAGAAUUGGAACAGAGAGAAACAGGACUACAAAUAGAAAUAAAUGACCUUGUAAAACGGAAGAUUGCAGUUGAUGAAGAAAAUGCUUUCUUAAGGAAAGAAUUCAGCAACUUGCAGAAGAAAUUUAAAGAUAAAAGUCAAGAAGUUAAGGACACUAAGGAGUGUGUACAGAAUAAGGAAGAGCAAAACAGACUGGUUAUAAAAAAUCUGGAGGAGGAAAAUGAGAAAUUAAGUACCCGCUGUGCUGACCUGCUAAAUGACCUGGAGAAACUGAGGAAGCAAGAAGCACAUUGGAGAAAAGAAAAACAUAGCAUUGAUGCAAAAAUAAAGGCCUUUGAAGACAGUUUAAUCGAAGCAAAGAAAGAAAUUGAAGUAUCAGAGAGUAAAUAUAAUGCUGUAUCAUUACAGUUGGAUAAUAAACAGACUGAACUUAAACAAAAGGAUAUGGAUAUUACCCUUGUCAGGCAAGAGCUGCAGGAGCUGCAGAAUCUUUACAAGCAGAACAGUGCACAUACAGCGCAGCAAGCAGAGCUCAUCCAGCAGCUUCAGGUGCUGAACAUGGACACACAGAAAGUCCUGAGGAACCAGGAAGAUGUUCACACAGCCGAAAGUAUAUCAUAUCAAAAAGUAUGCUUUUAUUCUGUCAUAAAAAUAUAA